CAGGUCGAGUGACGACAGCGACCGGCACCCGUGAUUAAACAAAAUGUUCUGACGACACAGCGGACACAUAUCUGUCUGUCUGUCUGUCUGUGUGUGUUUGCAUCAAUCACCUGCAAGGGGGCGAGCUGUUCACUCGGGGGCAGCCUCAUCCUGCCGAUGUCUUGGAGCUGCGACAGGGGACCCGGCUGCCCCGCUGCGGCCACGCGGAUGCAGUUGAAGACUACAAUCUUGUAGACGCUCGUCGACGGGACGCAGUAGCACUUCAGACGCGUCGAGUGUUGGAGAAAGGGGCCGAGUGCCCAGACCUUCGCAUCCAUAUCUCCCUGUAUCAUCUCGAUGGACGGCGCUUCCAGGCGGAGCAGCAGCCAUUUGAGGCCGUCGUGGACGCCAGUCAUUGACGUCAGCGCGGGAAGCCUGAUUGGGACAUUCCCCAUGGGGACGGCAGGAGGCUGUUCGUGGAAGCCGUCAUGGGGUGCUGGUCCGCACUCGAAUGCGAUGCUGGUGAGUGAGCCCUCCUCCAGCUCCGCUGCCGCUUCCCGCUCCCUCCGCCUGGCCGACGAAUGGCCGUCCAGGAUGGAUAUCAGCGCGCCAAUGCCCCAACUCCUUCGCUCGAGAGGCUGCCGCAGCGUGACUGACGUCAGGUGCAUCAGCCGACAGCCCCAGAGCCGAGCGACAUGCGAGGGCAUUCGUCCCCAGAACCGCUCGUCGUCUCGGCCGUGGCCGUCGAUGAGCAGGUGGGUGUACUGCGGGGCGAUGUGCUGCCAAAUGCGCCGGGGCAAGCGUAUCAGCAGCCGCAGAGGGACGAAGGCCAGCACAAGGGCGAGGAUCACAGGCUGCAAAAGGCAAUGCGUUCAUUUGUCACAGGCCAGCAUGAGAUGAGUGUUGAGGAGGUUGCGUACGGUGGCGAAUCUGAAGAAGGCCUCGAGGUCAACCUCGCCCUUGGCAGCCACCCGAUGGCUCUUGGCCUGCACCGACACACAGAUGGCCAGCCACAGAAUGGCUUGAAGGCGGCGGUUGUGCAUCCAUCUGCCGUGCUGCUGUGAUCCAUGCAGACCUGCGGCUCAUCCUCCGACAUCUCUGACAUGUCUGGGUCGUCGGACUCGCUCUCCAUGGCUGCUGCAGCUGCCUCCAUCUGCUCAGCGCCCGCCAUCGCGCUUCGUGCAGCCCGUGACCGCAGCUGUAGCCUAAGGCGAAUCCAUGUGACGAAACAGAUGAGAUGAAUGCACCCUGCUGGCCAUGCCAUGCAUCAUCGGAACGUCGCUUACUUAAAGGACAAGAUCUUGCCCUGACUGGGCAGAUGAGUCCUGAUCCAAGCUCGCGGUGAGGAAAUGGAGAAGAGCCUGACCCUGAGCCUGACGAGGAGGAAGCACGCUGAAUGCCGUGUGGCGAGUGGUGCGGGUCUAACGACUGACUCCUGAGGAGAUCUGAUCUGUGUUGGCCAACCGGAGUGAUGGAGCGGGAGGCAAAGGCGCACUCAGGCUGGGCACCCUCAU